CAGCGCCAUGUUGACGGAAGUUCAGGACCAUGAACUUCCGGACAAAUAGCGACCACCGAUUGGUCAGUUGCUGACAAACCGCCUAAACUGACUGACAAGUGGCAUCAUGUCAAUUGUUCUUAGGAGGCAGCGCGGCUUUGGAUGGCAAGUAGUGAAAGAAGUCUUUUUGUCCUGGUUGUGCGGAUGUAAACAAUAACCUUCUACAUGCAGUGUGUCUAUAAAACUCAUGGCCAUCUAAAAUCUAAUGCUAAAUUAAUAUCAUAAUUCCUGAAAAGUGAGUAAAGCACAGUCUAAAAGUUGAUGUUUCUUUAUAUAUUUUGUCUGUUGUUUUACAAAGCCAUAAGUUAACGCUCUUUGGCCUGGAGAAUGUCUUUUCGCCUGACAACACUGCCCUCUGGUGGCGCAGUUUGCGCCCUGCAUCUGGGCAGCUGCCUAUGACUCAGGCUGCGAGGCGCCUCGAAGUGCCGCAGCAGUAAGUUGGUCGUCAGGAUUUCCCUCCAACAAAGCGUGACUUGUGUCGGACAGCCAGCCCAGCGGGAUGGCACCUUUCUGAGGCUCGGACCGCGUCACAUGGCGCAUGGAUGGACAGCGGGAAAAGCCUGAUCACAGUGGAAACAUCCGAGUGAGACAACACUUCCACCGACUCUGGGGGUUUUCAUCUCAAGAUGCCUCACAAGAGCAAAAAAGAAAAGGAAUCCUCCAAAUCGGGAAGACCGAAAAAAGCUGGAAGCAAAAAUGGACCUUCAGGGGAAGAAGAGGGUUCAGGUAAGAAGGCGCCCCCUGCAGCUCAGCUGUUGAGGGUGAAGCAGGCCGGGUCCCACUCAGCGGUGAAGAGAGAGAAGAGGUUCAGCACCUCCUCAUUCCCCCUCAGCGCUAACAGAGAGCUGCAGAAACUUCCAGCUCUCGCAGGUAUAUUGAGUCUAAGCUGAAGUUUUAAAAUGUUUCAAGGUGUUUUAUGUCUAAUUUUAACCAGUUUGUAAAAAUAACAGUCGAGGAAUACAAUUUGAAGAUUGCAUUUAUGUAAAUAAAAUUCAGAGUCAUAUUGAAGAUCUUAUGCUUUCUUGAACAGGUUAGGAUAGAUCUAUGGCA